UUUGUCAAUUUUGAUUUUAUUUGUUUCUCGCCUCGUGGUAAUUAACUGCUUUUUUUGUUUUUGUAUACAAGUUCUCAAAUUAAUGCAAUUAAUAUAAAUUUAAAUAUAAAAUUCGAAAUAAAAAAUAAUGCCGCGCUCAAAAAGGGAUAAAAAAAUUUCAUUAACUAAAACUGAGAAAAAAGGACUUCAAUGGAAACAAAAAAUUAUUGAAGAUAUUCGAAAAAGCGUUGAAAAAUAUCCAAAUUUAUUUGUAUUUUCAAUCGAAAAUAUGAGGAAUAGUCUUCUUAAAGAUCUAAGGCAAGAAUGGAAAAAAAAUUCUAGAUUUUUUUUUGGAAAAAAUAGAAUUAUGCAAAUUGGAUUAGGGCGAACAAAAUCAGAAGAAAUAGAACCAGGUCUACAUAAGCUAUCGCGGCGCUUAAUUGGACAAUGUGGCUUACUUUUUACUCAAAGAGAUAAAAGUGAAGUUAUUGAUUGGGCUAAAAAUUAUUGGAGUAUUGAGUAUGCACGAAGUGGUUUUAUAGCAACAGAAACAAUAGUUUUACCUGAAGGGCCCUUAGCAGAAUUUUCGCAUUCAAUUGAACCGCAUUUACGUUCUUUAGGAAUGCCCACAAAAUUAGAUAAGGGUAUUGUACAUUUGUAUUCUAAAUUUACAGUAUGUGAAAAAGGUAAAUCAUUAACGCCAGAACAAGCUAGAAUACUAAAAUUAAUAGCCAAUCCAAUGGCUAAAUUUAAAUUACAUAUUAAAUGUUCUUGGAAUAAGUCAGAUGGUUUUGAAAGUUACGUCCAGGAAAACGGCACAAAAUUUGACAGCGAGAAUGAAAUUGAUAUUUUGGAGGAUGUGAAUAUGGAGGAUCAAGAAGACGAUAAUAAUAAUGAAAUUGACGAAGAUGAUAAAUAAAAACAGUACCAUACAAAACAUUUUUUCAACUUAUAAAAUCAUGUAAUUCCUCAUUUGGAAUGAUAAAAACAUUUUGUUUGAAUUUUUCUAAAACCUUAUUUUAAAAUUGCUUACAUUGUAUUUGAACUCCUUUUUAAACGUUAAA